CCCAGGCAAGGCAGGCUGGGCCGCGUGGAGGAGCCUCCGCCUCCAGGCCGCGGAAGAGGAAGCCAGCUGAGCGGGCGGCGCAGCCAAGGGCAGGGGAGCGGGCCCAGCCCGCCAAGCAAGUGCGACGGUAAGACCCCCAGCCGGGGCAAGGCGGGGGCGCCGGGGCGGGGGCUCCACCCACCGCCCACUUCGCGGCUUGCAAGCGUUUCCCACGGCAAGCUCCACCCCCUCCCCACAUUGCAGCGGUUGCACGGCGCGCUCUCUCUCCCCCUUCACCCCCCUCAGUUCCCCGCUGCGAACAGACUGGUACUCUUCCCCCACCCCCCACUUCAUGCCCCAAGUCGAUAAGCGGAAUGGUUUCGUUUUCCAGUACUGUAUUCAUUCGCCCAACUUCUCUUCCUAGGAAGAGGGGAGCCACCAUUUCUUUUUACUAAUCGGAAGACAGUCAGCAGAUACACAAUUGUGAGUAGAGCUUCACCUACUGAAUUUCUGUCUGCCAUUCAGCUAGGAAAGGCAGGAGCUCCCCUCACUUUUUGAACAACAAAAAAGGCUCCCCAUAAUUUUCUGUGUAUUUCUUUUGAAACUUUUUCCUCCUAAACUCAUGCCUCUUUGGUAAGGACAAAAGUCCCCAAACUGUUUUGCUCUGCGCCUCCCCCUGUCUCUCUGAGCUUUCCUGCCCAGAAUAUCAUUGCAAAUUUCUCCACCUCACCCCUUUUCCUCUGGCAAAUAUGGAACCUGCCUUUACAAACUACAUUCCUGCCCUGCACGUCUGGUGGUUGUAUGCUCUUGUGUGCAUGCUCUUUGACAAUGCUUUUCCUCAGGACAUGCCUGCCAAUAAUUUUUCAGCAUUCUGCACUCCAGUGAAUUGGUGUCUCUCUCCAAAAUUAGGCAGGUGGGAGAUUUCACUUUCUUGGGUCCAGCAGUAGUGGUGGAUAUUUAUUUGCCAAGGUUACAUAUUUGCUCUCCAAUUCAUCUUUGUAAUAGAAGGGAAGUGAGACCAUCAAUGAUUUUCCCCCCUUUUAUUGGCCUGCACAGAAAUUCCAGAAUGCAGAAAUAUAAUGUCCUGAGGCUGCAACCAUUUCAGGAUGUCCACUUGGCCAAGUUUGAGACCUCUUGUUUCCAAAAGUAAUCAUCCUGUAAUACAAAAGUGAAAUCAAAUAAGGACAUCAGAGAGAAGACUAUUUUCAGAUUUACACAGAAGCCUGUCCUAAUAUUAUGUUCCUAUUCAGAGUCCCUCUGAGUUCCCACACUCUGAAGUUAGGUGGGUGGUGGUCAGGGAGCUAGUAUUGUUAAAUGCAGGACCAGAGAGCCUUGCUUGGUGCUAGAUAUCAUGCCCUUUGAUUCCCCACUGAAAUCGUUCUUAUUUUCCCAGCCUUUCCAGAAUAUUUUGUACAUUUUUUACAUUACAUGUUAAAAACAGGUUUUGACAACUAAGAGUUGUUGAAACUGAUUCCAUUGAAGAUCUGUAUUUACCCAGUUUUGAAAAGUGGAAAGGGCCUCUCAAAAUGCCUUGCAAACCAGCUGUGAAUACUGCUUCUCCACUCUUGGCCUUGUUUUGCAGAUGGGUUGAUAGAACUCACUGGUGCUCCUCUGACAACUUAUUGGGGAUCUUUGGCAAUUAACCAUAUGACUAGUGGCACCUACUCCCUACACUGCUUUCUUUUGGUUAUUAACUGGAACUGGGAUGGGCCUUUUCAUUCUACUUUGGUUUCAUGGUGCAAUAUUUCUUGACAAACCUGCCAUAGAUUUUCAUUGCUUCGGAUUUUCUUCACUGAAGGACCUACAGACAGCACCUGGCUUUUAUCUUGGAGAGCACCACACCCAAUUUUAGUUGGAUAUGAGAAGAAAGAGCUUGAAGAGGUGCCUGAUUCUGCUAACAGACUCUUGUUCUUUUCCUUGCUUUUAGCCACCCCAGUGAUAUGUGGGUCUCCUGAAUCCUCCACAUGGAUCUCCCUGCUUCCUUUUUGGCUCAUUCCACCACAAUCUGAAUUGACAAACAGAAAUCCUGCAGAACAUAAAACCAGGGCAGGACACCCUUGGUGUUCAUGAAGCCACACACUCAAGUACAAUUUGUGAACCACAAAUAUGUACAGGUGCAAUUAACAAUGCUGAAACAACACAAAAGCUCAGAUCAACCAAACAGAACUACCAUUAUGCUUCUCUCAUUCUUUAAUUAAUCUCAGGUCACACACAUGCAAAAUUCACUUAGAGCAUCUGGUGAGGGUCUGUUCUGGAUUUCUUUGCCUUCUAAACCCAGAUUUGCCUUCGCAGCCUUCACAGUCCCUUUGCCUUAGAUGGAAUUGUUCUCUGUUGAUUUUUCUACAGACUUGCUAGUGUUACUUUAAAUAUUCUUACUAUUUCUAUGCUGCUUUUGAAUUAUCUUGUGAUGGCUAUAUUACUGCUUUGAACGUUCCUGGCAAGUCAAAAGUUGACUUAAAAUUUUAUUAAUAAACGGGGGCCACCCACCAAUGCCCUUUCUUCAACUGGAUAAUUUCUUAUUUACAUUGUAACCCAAUAGCUUCAUCUACUGAAAGGUGAAGAAAUGACUGUACAAUCCACCUCAGCCCACUCCAAGUACACCCAAAUUAUAAAUACACCCUGGUCUCCACCAAGCAUAGUCUGUUCCUAAGAUAAUCAGCUUCAACCCUGGCUUUCAGUUGUCUCAUCUGGAUGCCUUGGGAGCCAAAGUAAGGCAGGUGACUAGCUGAUGGGAUAUUUCUCAUAGGUUUAAUCAGGAGUCCAGAUACCACGUAUAACAGAGCUCCAUAUAAUUCAGACAGACAAGGAGACUAAAGGUUAAUAUUCCAGACCUUUGAACCCUUCAAAAUCCUACUUCAAAAGGACCUGAAGACAUUUCAUUCUCAACAUCACAAGAACCAGCUGGUGCUAGGACUGUGUUUUGAGCAUUAUAUAAUGUAAUUACUGCUGAAAAUAACUCACUAAAUGAGCUGCAGAUUGUUAAGGAGCCACUACUGAUUUUUUGUGUGUGUCCAAGGCCUAUAGGGAAACCUGCAGCAGCAUCGGGAGGGGCAGUGUCUCUCAUCAUCUAAACUCCAGGAUCUCUGCCCUGCCUUUCUUUCUCUCUCUUAAUUACAUUAAGUACAUCUGAUAAAACAAGCGUUCCAACAAUGUACAACAAACUGGAUCUCUGUCUUGACUUCAUGCACACACUUUUCUGAUGUACCUUUUCCUCCUUGCUCCAGCUGUGCAGAACUGAAGUUCGAGCCCAAUAACUUCUGGUGAAUGGUGGGUAAAGGAAGGUCUGCACUAAGCAGCCCUACUCCUGCCUCAUUGUUUUUAGGCAAUGGCUGCAAAAGAAGAAAGGGACACACAAUAGAUCAUAGAGUCUUAAGAGUUGGAAGGGAUCCAAGGGUCAUCUAGUCCAACCCCCUGCAAUGCAGGAAUCUCAGCUAAAGUAUACAUGACAGGUGGCCAUUCAACCUCUGGUUAAAAACCUCGAAGGAAGGAGAGUCAAUAAUGUAAGGGAGGUGUUAGAUCAACAGUACUAGAACUCUCUCAGCAAAUUCACUCUGCAGGCCUGACCUGAUAAGACAUUUCAUCUAGUCACGCGUAUCUUCAUGAAAUCAGUCACUAUUAUUAUACCCGUUCUAUAGGAAGGACAAAUGAAGCUCAGUUUAUUGAUUUGCCAAGCCCACUGUGAGUCCAGGGCUGAACUGAGAGCCCAAGCCCAUCAGCAGACAUAGGCGCCAUCUAUGCAGGGCCAUGGGGGCCUAGGCACUCACAAAUUUUCCAUAAACACACCCCAGGCACCCUCUUGUUGGGAGCAAGGUGGUGUCAGCAGUCAUGGUUAAAAUAUAUUUCUCCACAAAAUGGGCUAGACUGAGGUCUGAGCUCGAUUCUAGAAUACAGUAUAUAUUUUGGUGGAAGAUUAUCUCUGUGAUGCUAAUAGUUGCAACUAGGACUGUUCUGAAAAGAAGAUGGAUGGAGAUAGCAGAAGGAUCUAAGGAUGGACAGCAAACACACUUAAGCAGAGAAACUUGCCCUUCUGGCGUCACAUGCACUGCUACAUUUCCACUGUUUAAGAAUGACUUUGUUGAAGGUAUCUUUGAUGGUCACUUGGAACUUCUUGGUAUCUGUAACCUACAGAUAAAUAAAUAUAAACACAGGGAAAGAGAGAAACAGUUGUAGCUUUUACUCUCCACAAGGGAGGAAGUGAGCAUGUCACUUUAUUAUUAUUCAUUAGAUUUAUAUACUGCCCUUUAUCAAAAGAUCUCAGGGUGGUUCACAAGGUAAAAUGGACUCACUUAAAUGAAGUAAUCUGGAAGCAUGCUUAAUUUAACUUCAUUCAUUUAUUCAUUACAUUUGUUUCCUACCUUUCCUCCCAGGAGCUCAAGGCAGUACAGUAUACAUGAUUUCCUCUACAACACGCCCCUCCCCCACUGCACCAUCUUAUAUUAACAACCCUGGGAAGGAGGUGAGGCUGAUAGAGAGAGUGACUAGGCACAAUGGGGAUUUGUAUCCAGGUCUCCCCUUCAAUGAACAACACUGUAACCACUACACCAACCAACGUUGCCUUUGACAUGCUAACCACUUCUUCCUCUCCUCUCAAGAUUGUAUUUUAACUCUGAGCAGUAUAGCUUGAACAUGUGUUUGUUCAAUUCAUCAGUUCACUUCCCUCUUCUUCCACAUAUGCCUUUCUAAAGUAAGUUCAAGGCAUAAACCUUGAAAAUCUCACUUCCUUCUUCUAUGCUUAUUUGCACAGUUGUUACACCACCAAUUCCAACGGCUCAGUGACAUUUAUUUUAUUAUGAAUAUACCGGCCUUCACCUUAGUUAUAGGACAGUGUAUGGAAACAAAACAAGGACAAACUUAAUAAGCUAUAUAUUACAGACGAUACAAAAACAUAAUUAAACAAAGGUUCCACAAGGGGAAACUCAUAAAAUUCAUCCAGACCACUCCCUCCCCCCAAAAAAAGCUUGGUGGAAGAGGCGCAUUGUAACGGUACCUGUAACAUAAGUCACUGGCCAUACCUGCAAAGACUGGAGGCAUUUCCUUCUGAACUCACUGUCAGUGCUGCUUGAAACUAUACUUGAAAUGGCAUCUGCCAUGAUGGGCAAAGACUGUGCCAGUUUCUGUUGUUCCUGUGAAGACCCAAGAGCAUUGCAUGGCAUUUGGAUGUCUUACAGCCUAUAAAAACCAGAGCAAGAUUUCCCUGUCCUCAGUCCCGACUCACUGUCAGCGCUGGAAAUCAUACCACUUCUCCAGAGACAGAUCUAUGACAAAAAUUUGAAGAUCCCCUACUCUCUGCCCCAUGCCCUUCACCACAACUCUUAGCCUCAAUGGUCCUUGUCUUCUGCAGUGAACUCUCACCUGGGACACUUUGUAAUGCUGCUCCAGGAUCCUACUGACCACUCCUUGGAUGCAGCCUUUCACAGCUUGUUUGCUGCACAACAGGAUAGGAGAGAGAUGUGAUAGGAUCACUUGCCGGUCCCCUGCAUCACACAAAGAGUGAAAAUGACUAAGGAUUAAAUUAAGGAUUAAAUCUAGGUAAAGGGCAGUGGACGCCAAGUGGUCAAGCUGCAAAUAUUAUAUGCAAAAAUCAGUACAAGAGGAAUGUACCAAAACCUCAGAGAUCACAGUAAGGUAUGUUUUAAAGAAACAAAUACACUUUUUGAUAUUAUAGAGACAAAUCAACCUGACUGGCCCUCUAGAGAAGAACCAGGAAACAGGAUGUCAGAUAGGGACCAACCUUUUACUCAUGAGCUUUAUACUGUUUGAAUGUAGGAAUACUUAGGAAAUGAAAAGGUUGGACUUCCAAAAUACCUAUAAGGGCAAUGUCUUUGUUAGGCCAACUAAAAUGUCACAAAAUAGUGUGCAAGCUUCUGAGUUUUCCAAAACUCUUCAUCAGAGUGCUGGGGGAGAGGGGUCGGCCAUGAGUCUGCAUCUUUUAAGAGCCUUAGGUUGCAAUGGAGGAGGAGGCAGCAAACAAAGUUAUGCAGGUUUCAGGUUGCACCAAGGCACCUUUGAGGAGAAACAAAAACUGAUUCCCCAUCUCUGGGUGGGCAGCUGUUACUCAGAUCCAGUGCUAUUUUUAUGGGGGGAUGCAGGGGUGUGCAUACACCUAAACAUUUUGUGAAUCUAAGUUUGGCCUCAUUGAGGGGCAGUACUUCAGUAUGAGUAGGAAAAUUAGAAUACCCCUAAGCAUUUUUUAGGGGGGGAAAGCACUGCUCAGAUCUGUCUCCAUCCUCAGGGGAAGCAUGCAGGUUCCUUGUGUUUAUAACUGUUAAGUGCUGUGCUUGAUAAAAAUAAGUCAGAAGAAGCUAAACUAGGCAGCUUUACCUAGCUGGAGCUGUUCCUCUCAGCAAAUCCCCCAAAGCAGAAACUUUCAUGGCAAAGACAGUAUCCUCCUCUUCAAAUAUGAAAGACUGCUUUUUUAAACCAUGAAAAAACAAGUAGGGGAUUACAUGUUGAGAAUUGUAUAAUGAUGUAUAGUAGGGAAUCCAGAACAAUUGACGAGUAUCUGUUCUAGGAUCCGAGCAUGUUAAGGGCCAAAAGCAGUGAAAAGCUAAAAGAGUGCACACACUUGUUUUGGCUCUGCUUCUCCAACACCCUGGAUUCUGAAUCUGUAUGCAUGCCCUUCUGCUCACAGCCAGUGUUGCAAAUUGUUCUUUAACUGGGCAGUUAUUUGAGGGAAAUGGUCUCUAAACCACUUUCCCCCGCCCUGGCAAUUUGCAUUUUGUCUGCCGCCCUGGGCUCUUCAGAAAGAAAGGCAGUGUAUAAAUAAUAAUAAUAAUAAUAAUAAUAAUAAUAAUAAUAAUAAUAAUAAUUGCUUUGUUCUAGAGACAACAGCUUUGAGGCCCCACUAAAUGUUCUAAAAACCACAUCCGCACAGAAUUUGUAUUUUUAGUGUGGGGUAAACAUGACCCUAAAUCUCAGUUUAAAUAAUUCAUCAUCUCUGGCCAGUCUUCAGAUGGCAGAUCAUUCCAAAACUCAUAUGGUACAUUAUUCUAUUACACUCCCCAGAAUAAUGUAGAAAUAUAAAUAAAUAGCAGUGUGUACAGAAAUUAUAGACUGUCUUGUCAUUAAACUGAUCUGAGUAGCUGAGAAAAAGGAAGAGCAGCAGCGUUUGUUCCUGAGCAUCUGAGUCCUGUUGGUGGCUGGCAUGAAGCUUGUAUCUGAUAUCAGGUUUUGCAGUAUCUAAGAGACAGAACACAUCACAUGGCAUAUAUAGAUAGCACCAAGGAUGAAUGACUGUAUCAAAGCAAUUGGAUGGUGUCAGGUAAACGAAUUCCCCAGUAUGUGCUUCACCCCCAGUUUUUAAAAUACAUUAUCUUUUUGUUUUGAAACUCUUUAACACCCCUGCUGUGCAAGAUGGCAGAUUUGAAGGCACUUUGAGGGCAUCUGAAGACAUUCCAUCUUUGUACUUAUGUCCACCUGCAUAUAAUGAUUGUGCAAGAUUUUUUAAAAAAAUUAUGUAGAUUUGUAUUGCAAAGCUAUAAAAAAAAUCAAGUAGGGCCAGCAUCUCUUUUUAAAAGGAGGCUGGAGCUCAGGGCCAUUUGACAAGCCCUCAAGUCCCACCUCAUCCUGGAAUAGUCACAUGUGCUGGUGAGGAUGGAUGUCAUACUGUAUAGCCAAAGCCCAAGUGAAUCAUCAAGGCAGGUUUUUUUAUGCUAUCUGCAGGAGGGAGACCACCCUCCUGUCCCUCUAUUUCUCUAACCUGUUCUGUUAUAUGUUUCAAGUUGUUUACAGUUUAAAGAAAGUGGCUGGCCUCUUAUAGUCAAACCAGAAGUCAGUGGAAAGUUACUUCCUGCUCCAGCUGGCCACUGACUUUUUUUUACUCUGCCUCCAGGAGGACUUAACCCUUGCCUCUGUGCUCCACUGACCAAGAAGCAGUGUGUUCAGUCUGAAUGCAGAAGACACAGAUUCCAACCUCAAGCUGUGAAGCUCAGUGAAUGGCCUUAGGUGAGCCACUCAUUUCUCUCACCUAUACCUAGAGACCUAACUACAUCUUAUAUUGAUCGCAUGCUUCCUUGCAUGGUCCCUAGUUUCCCCACCACCAAAUGUGUUGUUGCAUGAGUUUUCACCAAGCAUGAAUGCUUGUUCAGUCAUGUGUGAUUAUCCCUCAGGGUCCAUUCCAGCUCUACAAUUCUAUUAUUCCCAAAUACUGUCCAAUCACGCUUUUCCGUGCAAAUAUCCUUAUGUUCUUCCUAAACCAGUGAUGAUAUCCCAUCAACCUUCUGCUUAAUUUCUUUCAUUCUAGCCAAAUAAUCCCUCCUUCUCUCUUGCAUUUCAUUAAAAACAACAACUUGCAUUGGCUAUUUCUGUUCACCAGAUACCACCAGAACAUUUUUCUUUUCUUACUUGUUACUUCUAUACAUGAGUUGCUGGCAACCCUAAGUUACAGAGUUCUUGAGAGGGUAAUUAGGAAAGUUAUUAUUUGCACUGAAAAUACAAAAUAUUUCUGCUUUCAGUCCCAGGGGUUCAUGAGACUCCCCCAAGAAUUUACAUGGAUAGCAUAUAAUUUUCAUGUUCACACUGGGCACAAGUAGUUGUGCAAGUGACAAAUAUAUCACCUUUACCUUCUUCCCAAUGGGGAUCUGAAUUCAGUGUUGCCUGAUAGCCAUAUUUCUCCCAUGCUAUUAGACAUGAAGGAUCUUUAAAAAAAGAACAUGAUGCUUCCUUUGUGGAGAACAAUACAGGCAGACCUGCUGGGUCAUAAAGAAAGAUAUAUUACUAGCUAAGGAAAAAAAUCAGCAAAUGAAUGGUGGUAUUGAUAUCACAGUACAUGGGCGUAACCGGGAUUUUUGUUGGGGGAGGCAGGACUUGGUUAGGGCGGGCAGGACUUUUGUUGCAGAGGGGGCGGGGAGGGCAGAACCAACAUGAUUGGUCAGUUAGUUAAGUAUUUCUAUUGUUUUACUUGAUGGGGGGGGCAGCUACACCUAUGUUACAGUAGACCUGCAAACAGUGAACCUUACUCCAUAUAGAUUCACUUUGACCUUCCACUCACUGAUCACAGCAAAGGAUACAGAGACAGCAGCUAUUUGUGUUGGCUUGUUAGGGUAUGGUUUCUGGCAGGGACACAGGGAGACAACAGGCAUGAGCCUUAGCUCUCCACUGAAGCCUCUUUCAGCUACCUCAUCUGGAAUUAAAAGGCAAAUUGGCUCACCAGUCAUGGGGUGGAUUUUGUCACAAGAUGAAGGCACAUCCCUGGCUGCUGACCUGGUCAUACACACAAAAGAAAGGCAUAAAGGGGUUUAGGAAGAAAACAAGGAAAUAGCAGGAGGAAGGCAAGACUGGCCAUGGGCUAAACCAGCUUUCUCCAACCUAGUGUCCCUCAGGUGUUUUGGACCUAAACUCCCAUCAGCCCCAGCCAGCAUGGAGGGCACUAGCUUGAAGAAGGCAGGGCUAAACCAUCGUGUUUUCAGGCCAUAUCUGACAUCCACCUGCAGCUAACAGACCUGUACUGCAUUGACAGUUCAGAUACUUUUGUAUCAAUCAGCACUCUAUUAGGUUUGUCACAUCUGUGAGCUAAACAAAUUCAAAUUAUGCAACCAGGGGAAAAAACCCCACAUUUUGUGACUGGUUAUAAUUUGCUCAAGUUACACAGACUCACAUAAAUUUCAUUAGAACACUAUAAUUUAUUUUUGAGCAAACAUACACGGGAUUGCAUAGCACCUUCUUUUUGCCACAGGCUAACUUGUACACAAACACCACUUUGUGUAGCAAAGCAUGGUGAAAAUCUCUUACAGUCAAUAAAACAAAUGUAGCCUGCAACAAAAUGUUGCAGUAUAUCCUUGUUUUCUAAUGGGAAUCCUUCUGUUUAGGGUUUCAAGCCAUCCAGCCUGCCUUGGUGCCCUUCCCCACAAUUAUCCACUCAAAGUCCCUUAAUUUUCCAUGGCCACCUGGAGGGCAUCUGAAGACAUUCCAUCUUCAUACUUAUUUAGGGGGUUGUGGGUAUGUGGCACUGUCUCAUAGGUGCCUAUGACAGGUCCCACUUGGCGGCUAGCUUUGGUUUUUCUAAGGUGCUUGUUUGACAAAAGCCAGGGAUCCUUACUACACAUCCAGCUCUCCACUCCCAUGUCCACCAGAUGGCAACACAGACUGCUUAUGAGAUAAGGUGUUCUCUUCUACUUCUUUUUUUAAAAAAACAUCUCAGCCAGUAUUUUUGCAAGCAAAUAACUGAGGUGCCUAAAGCAGGGCUUUGUGACCAGAAGAUUAAGGAGAUGAAGGAAAUAUUCUGGCGCCCAGACUCCUUCACCCUGCAGCAGCAUUGCUUAACCCUCUCAAUGUCUGGCAUUCAUCCUAAAUUCAAAUUUGGCCAGCAAUGGAAACUUACUAAGGUCACCUACAACAGUGCUCUAGUAGAGUUCCCGUAAACUGACACACGGCUUGUACAAAAGAACUUCCAGUCCAUUGUGCCCAAAAUCUUUUGGCUCCAGUUGUGUAAAACAGGAAGAAUAACAGUUCUGCCCCCUUUUAAUCUUUUCAUCAUGCCUCGUACAAUCCCAAACAUUCCACUAGUGCCCCUGAAUCCCAUCUUCAUUAUUAGUGCUCAACAGUAACUGCUAACUUAGUGCCUGCAGUACAGACCCUUUCCUCCAAGUCCUCACCUCACAAAAUGAUUCCCUUCACUCAGUAGUCUUGUCCCACCUGGCAAACAUGUGGCAGCUCCCCUCUCUGUGCUAGACAGCAGAAGGAAUAUAUAUUUUGAACAAUCACAGCAUUUGUUUUGUUUUAUCAUGAAACAGAACACCAAAAAAAUAAAUAAACAAGACCCCUUCUACACCCUUUCCUUAGCAAGCAAUGCCCACAAUUUUCAAUUAGCACUGCACACAUUCUAAAAAGAGCAACACAGAAUAUGCUGCCGCAUGACCAAGUUAUAUGACUGGGCCAGUCAAUUUUCAAGAACUUUAAGGCACUUGAACUUUAGGGAUAAUAGCUUGGACCUGGACACCAUAUCUAUCUUUUGAAGGGGAAAGAGAGAGACAAAUGGAGAUAAAUAAUAUAAAUAGGUGGGACCUACAACAACAUGUCACAGAAUAGAGUGCUACUAUUUAGGGCACUGAAGAGAAAUGAAACAGCAGCAGCGGGUUUGCUUUAGGUUUUGCUUUGCUUUUCAUAUUCUCCCCCGAUUGGGAAGUUCAUUAGCUUUCAGUUAUAGAGAGCGCAAGAUAAUUUACUAAUGCUGUUUAGACUCCUCUGACAGUUUCAGGACCUUUAACAUACAAAUUACACUGGGGUGUAUAUGCUUACAACUUCACUGCUGAUAGCCACUUGCCAAAAGUGAAUGACAACUCCUCCCUGAAAAGGAGCUUACUAAAUGCACUACUGAAAACACUCUGACCUGCAGGCAAGACAUAGAAAAAUCCAGAAGUAUCUGUAAAAUGUGGAUUCUGUAGUUUUUUCUUAUGGACCUUUUCUUCUUAAGCUAAAAUAGAGAAUCAAAGCUGCUCUUCCUUUGUCCUUUCUAUUCAACAAAACGGUGUAUGAGAUUUUAAAGGUAUUGAUAAAAGGGAGAUGAAGAUUAUGUUUUGAGAUUAGGAAUAAAAACGCUAACACAAACAAUUUAAGAUAAAUGAAGUCUGGGCAGUACCAUCCAUCUUCCCCCCUGCCCCACUUUUUACCCGUAAAAUGAGAUUGGGCUUGUACUGGCUAUGUACAUAUUGUUGCCUUAGAAUGUUGCUAGGUCAUUCUUUUUCUCAAUUCAGAUCAAAGCUGGUGUGGAGCAAAACACAUAAAAAUGCAGUAUUCUUAAGAAAUUGACAGGAUAUUUACGGAUUGUGGCUAACAUUGUGUGCACACUUCACAAACCAGCAGCAGGUGCACAUUGGAUGCAGAGUAAACAGGAGUGCACACACAGCCUUAAUGUUAAAUAAGAGCCUGUUCAGCCUAACACAGGCCACACUGCCAAGUGCCAAAUCAUUGGCAACUUAUUCAGGGCAGUUAAAUUUCAGACUCUUCUGAAGCCAUUGAAAGGAGAACAGGACAUCCUUUGUUCUUGGCACACACUGAGUAGGAACUGACAGCAAAGCCACCAGGACUGACCUGCCUGCAGAAUUCAACACGGGCAAUUCUGCAGACCAAAUGAGAUUGAUAGAGACUCUCACAAUCUUUCCUGUUCUCAAGGAAAACCUGUAAGUACGUUGGCCCUAAAAUGUUUAGUUUAGAAAUCGUAUAUACAUUUGAGAUUGAAGUGUGCCUGUAGGCUUUUGAAGUGACAACAAAAGACAAUAAAGACAUCUAGGUUUAGCAGUUUGGACUUAUGCAGAUGAAAGAAAGCCCCAAGUACCUCAGGAUACAUGUUUGGGUUGCAACCCUGAGCAGGAGCUGCCCUGCUAGCAGGUAAAGGAUGCACGGCAAUAUUGUUUUUAUUUUGGGGGAGGUGGAAGUUCAGGUCCCUUGUAGUAUCAUACAAUGAUUAUGCUAUACUGGGCCAUGGUUAACUCAGUCAUGGAUAGCAGGUGUUUCUGGUAUCUGCCACACCUAUAGAGAAAAGGCAUGCCUCAUCUCUCUUGUUGCCAGGCCAGGGGUUGGGUUCUUUUCCCCCCUUCUCAGCAGGCGUGAUAACUAUUGUUUCAUGUCAACUGGCAGAACAAUUGAACCUUAUAAACCUUUUACAGCCAUCAAUAUUACUUUGUGGUGGAAAUAUUUACUCACUUAUAGGUCUCAGCAGAGAUUGAGCCGUUCACUUUUACACAAUAAUGAAAUUUUACCUACAGAGUAGAGCAAUAGAGAAUUCAACUUAGACUCAAAACAGCAAGGUUUGGGCUGGGUGUUCAUCAGUAUGCGGAUGAUACCCAGCUCUACCUCUCUUUUAAAUCAGAACCAGUGAAGGCGGUGAAGGUCCUGUGUGAGUGUCUGGAGGCGGUUGGAGGAUGGAUGGCAGCUAACAGAUUGAGGUUGAAUCCUGACAAGACAGAAGUACUGUUUUUGGGGGACAGGAGGCGGGCAGGUGUGGAGGAUUCCCUGGUCCUGAAUGGGGUAACUGUGCCCCUGAAGGACCAGGUGCGCAGCCUGGGAGUCAUUUUGGACUCACAGCUCACCAUGGAGGCACAGGUCAAAUCUGUGUCCAGGGCAUCUGUUUACCAGCUCCAUCUGGUACGUAGGCUGAGACCCUAUCUGCCUGCAGACUGUCUCGCCAGAGUGGUGCAUGCUCUGGUUAUCUCCCACUUGGACUACUGCAAUGCACUCUACAUGGGGCUACCUUUGAAGGUGACUCGGAAACUACAACUAAUCCAGAAUGCGGCAGCUAGACUGGUGACUGGGGGCGGCCGCCGAGACCAUAUAACACCGGUCUUGAAAGACCUACAUUGGCUCCCAGUACGUUUCCGAGCACAAUUGAAAGUGUUGGUGCUGACCUUUAAAGCUCUAAACGGCCUCGGCCCAGUAUACCUGAAGGAGCGUCUCCACCCCCAUCGUUCUGCCCGGACGCUGAGGUCCAGCGCCGAGGGCCUUCUGGCGGUUCCCUCAUUGCGAGAAGCAAAGCUACAGGGAACCAGGCAGAGGGCCUUCUCGGUAGUGGCGCCCGCCCUGUGGAACGCCCUUCCAGCAGAUGUCAAAGCGAUAAACAACUACCUGACGUUCAGAAGACAUCUUAAGGCAGCCCUGUUCAGGGAAGUUUUUAAUGUGUGAUAUUUUAGUGUAUUUUUGGUUUCUGUGGAAGCCGCCCAGAGUGGCUGGGGAGGCCCAGCCAGAUGGGCGGGGUAUAAAUAAUAAAUUAUUAUUAUUAUUAUUAUUAUUAUUAUUAUAGCAAAGAAACAUAGGAAGUGGCUUUCUAUCAAGACAGACAAUGGGUCCAUCUAAGUUCAGUUUUGCCUCUUGUGUCAUCUGGUGGGCGGGAUGGGCAGGGAGGAUCUGCAUCCCAAUCUGUGCUAGGAUGGAGAAGUGCUGAGAGACUGCAGGGCCCAUGGUAAGCUAGGCAAAAAGCACAAUGUUUUAGUAAAGAAGGACUGAAAAUUAAUAAGGAAUAUGGGGGCUGUGAUGGAAGUUCAUAAGAAACAGGGGGAAAUGAAUAAGUGGUGAAAAAUAAUAAAAAUUAUUUGUAACGGCCAGAAAUACUGGCUUCUACCAUGCCCAAACUUUGCACUUCACCCACCCACCUUUGCACUUCAGCCAUGGACACUUCGACAUGUGGCCCCAGAGGGUUUGCCACCUGUCAAUCCCUGGAAAAUGUUAACCAUCCCUCGUCUAUACUGUCUGGCAGUAGCUCUCCAAAGUCUCAGACAGGAGCCUUUCCCAGCCCCACCAGAAGAUGGCAGGGACUGAACCUGGGAACUUUUGCAUGCAUAGUAUACUGAGCUACAGCCUUUGCCUGUAAGACUGGGUAAGAAGAGAUGCAAUCCCCACAGUAAUCAAUAUAUUUGUAGCUAUGACUAAGUACAGGUGAGCCAUAUGAAACACAAAGCAAUUUUACAUCCUGCAGUAUGACCUACAUCCAAGAGUUUAAUCAGAAAAUGUUGGCAAGUAUUCCCCCCCCCACCCUGCCUUUCCUGCAGCAUAGUGGGUGGGCUGAAGGAAGAAUACCUCUCAGAAAGUGCUAUGUUAGUUCUCAAUCCUGACAUUGGGAGGCAUGGCUUCUGAGUUGGACAUAUGGCUUCCAUGAGGUUCUUAUCCCCAACAAUCUCUACUUUUACAAAACACACUUUGGCUGGUGCACAUUUGUUUUCAGUGUCUAGGUGGUGUGUUGACUGGGGGCUGGGAGUAAUACUGAAGUACUAGCUAUGGCUCUCCCCUUUCUGCCUGUUCUUUUGUCAAUCAACCUACGGCCCUCAUAUAUUUCAAUUAACUUUGCACCUGUGCUUAUUGGCAUGCUAUCAUUAAGCAAUCACUCCUCAAGAACUGCAGAGUAAACUUUGCAUGAAACCCAGAGUAAACAAUAGGUUUACAUGCAGACAAUGGCUGUGUGCAUGCCUAGUUCUGUCCACUUCACACCCUAGCUCUGCCAGCAACCAAUGAAGCAUGGCAGAUGUGGCAGGCACUAAACCCAUUUAAUCUCAUUCCCUUUUAAAUACCUUUAGACACAAUGUGUGUAUACACCAAGCCCCAUGUUGGCAUUCUUCAUAUUGUGUAAGAACUGCAAAAUAUCCAUUUCCUCCCUUGUAUGAAAAUAAAAUGAAUAAAAUCCAGUCAAACGACAUCGGGGGGGGGCGUCUAGCACACGGGUGGGGAAACUAAGACCCGGGGGCCAGAUCCGGCCCAAUUGCCUUCUAAAUCCGGCCCGCGGACGGUCUGGAAAUCAGUGUGUUUUCACAUGAAUAGAAUGUGCUCUUUUAUUUAAAAUGCAUCUCUGGGUUAUUUGUGGGGCAUAGGAAUUCGUUCAUUUCCCCCCAAAAAAUAUAGUCCGGCCCCCACAAGGUCUGAGGGACAGUGGACCGGCUCCCUGCUAAAAAAGUUUGCUGACCCCUGGUCUAGCACCUGGACUGCUUCAAAGGUCAAGAAUGAGAACUAUCCUCUUAUUCAGCUCCUUGAACAUCUUCCUAAUCCCCCAACUUAGCACCCCUGUUUUCAACAAACUAGUCCUGAGGAGACUUCAGAUGGAAUGAUAUUCUACAAAACCAAACACAGAAGUGGAAUCUUACUGUUGUGUGAGUAAGGCUGAUCCGGUGGAUGAAUUGCUUCAAUGCCAAACAGUCCUCCUCGAUAGCUCCAGAUUUCUCAUCAAGCUGAAAAGCCACAAGAUGCACCAUGUUAAGAGACCCUUUCCAAAAACUUUGCCUUAAAGCUGUAUUUUAUUCCGUAAGCUACCAAAGAUCUCAAUUUAUUUCAUGUCACCGCUUUGUGUGGCCAUCAAAUCCUCAGUUUCAAUUUAGAGACUGGAAACACUGAUGAGGGAAAGGAGAGGGCAUGCAAUUCUUUCUUUGUUACUGUAAAGCACUUUAAGCCAACCAGGACCUGUGAAGUGCAGCACUUUAUAUUUCAAACAAACAAGACUCCCGUUUCCUUCUUACUGUCUGUUUUGUGAAAUGUGGGAACCAAUAAAUUUUUAAUACAUCUGCUUGCACAUGGCACAACCCACUCCCUUACAUAAGAGAGACCGUGCAAGGGGAUUUUCUUCACUCACCAGUUCAAAUUGGAAUCUAGGUCCUUGAACCUGUCAUUAUGCUGUAAAGAAGAAUCAGGCCACUGACUUUAACUUUGGGGAUAGUUGUACCAGAAGAACUAAUAUGCUUUACUUUUAUGGUGGUGGUGCAGGAAUAACUCCCUGCUUCCCAGCAGUUUUCUGUGGAUUUUAGGCAUCUAUAUAGCCCAUUUUACUGUACACAUGUUCUAGAAAACACUGUGACAGCAAAGGCAGUUUUGGAGCAGGUUUCAGUUUUGUAGGGCAGAUAAGUAGGGCUGGUCUAAAAAGCUGUCCCACCUAAACAUUUCUCUGAAGAGAAGGCAAGAGGCCAAGAUACAGUACAUGAAAAAGGGACAGCUGCAGAUUGCCAUCCUCUCACAGUUGUGAAGACUGGCACCAUAAAAGCCAGAGGCUUUUGGAGAUGUGAGUUCAGAGGCCUGAGACUCUUAGAAAUGAAAACAUGGAAUUAGACUAUGGUUGUUCAAAAACAAACAAACAAACAAAAACCCCAAACAGUUAACAUCACCUCUAGUUUGGCCCUCAGUCCUCUGCAGGAACAGAGGUAACAUUUUUAUUUGCAAGCAACUAUUAGUAAAAAAGCUAGAGACAACUUUCAAGGUCAGGCAGUUGCAAAAGAAAAAAGAAGACCCCCCCCCCCAGAAAAGAACUAGCAAACCCUCCUGGGGCAAAGCGCUAUGAAGCUUUCAUUGUUACAUGGAAAGAUAUAACACCUUGCUGUUAGAUGCAGUUGCAGUAUAUUUCUAACUAGAGACCUCACAGGAAAUCUAAUUGAAAUUUUGCAGGCCAGAGCUUAUAGGGCAUCAGUGUUUGAGGAAAAGCAGCAGCAGGGAUUUUCGAGAGAUUUAUAGCUAGCAAAACUGCAGACAGGCCAAUAUGUCCUCAUAAUUGUUCACAGGGCUGGCAUCGAUAUGUCCAAUGCCAUCACAUGGGUUGUCGUCAUUGUGUACACAUUCCCAUUUACACUGCAUCUAGUGUGCUCCAACUGCUAGUUUGGGAAGAAGUGAACACAAGUCAUUAGCCACAAUCCAUAUCUUUCCUGUAGUUUCUAAUGAAAUACUGCAUUUUGAUGUGUUUUUCCCCAUCCUGUUUUGAUCCAAAUUGAGAAAAAGAACAACCUAGCUGUGUUUUAAGGUGGUAAUAUGUGCACAACCUAAGGUAUCAUCCAGGCUUUGCAGGAUAAUUUGCACCAGGUUUGAGAAUUAAGGGCCAAGUCCACACAAGAGUCUAACCUCAAAGGAGAGUUGAAAAGGCAUGAUGUCUAUACAUUCAUGGGGACACCCCCUUCCACUCAAGGCUUUGCUCUGGCAUAAAGGCAGCAAAUCUUUCAUUUCUGCAGGAAGGAAAAUUACUAAUGUAAGACAAACAUUGUUAAGGCCAGCAAAUACGUAAAUCCUGUUCUCUGGAUGAAACUAUGGUUAGAAGGCAUGGAACGGAGGUUUGUAUGUAGCUGUCCACAAUACAUCUUCCUUACAAUGACUCGGGGAUGGUGCUUUUAAUGUUGGUUCCAGGUGCUGGCUAACAGGAACCCAGCAUUAACAGUGAAUAAGACUGGUACUGGCUUUUCCCUUAAUGGUGCUUAAGGCAUAGGGAGAUGACCACUACAGUAUAUUUGGGAAGAUUUAGUGACCAGUGGUCAGUCUGCUGUCUAGGAGCUAACUGGUGGUGGGUAAUUUCAAAGCCCCCCUCUCUUUUUUUCACUCUUUAUCUUUAAACAGGACUUUGACCAGGUAAUCUUUCAAACCGAGGUCUGCCCUUUACAGAAGACUACAGUAUCAGGCUUACAAAGUAGAACACAUAGCCACUCAAAAAAGAUGGAGCACACAUUCACACAGUUGGCUUCUUAAUUAUGCUUAAAAGGAAACCAGUAUUAUGUCUGGACCAGUAAGCGCUGAGUGAAUUUGAAAUAUUAGGACUCAGGAGGGAAUCCCUAUGUCUGACUGAUCACUUAUAGCAAUCUGUGGCUUUGCUCACUUGCCUGAAGCAUCCCAAGUUACUGUUCUGUGGGUGGUGGUCAGGAUUGUAUGGGUCAAGAGAGGGGAGGUGGGUGGUCCUGUCUUUGGGCAUAUGAGGACUGAACUAAGUGGCCUUUUUAGACUCUUCCAACUCUGGCUCUAAAAUGAAACUAGCAAGGUUUAUAUUUAGGACAGCUUUACCAUGUUUUAUUAGUCUGAAGGAGGAGACACAGAUAAAUCUCAGGGGAACACUGCUGCUCUUGCUGCGCAGAAACUGUGAAAUUACCUGGCACCAACUAACUUCAUUAUGGGAAGAAAAGCAACUAGGCAUUAAAACUCUCCCACACUGAUGUUAGCAUAGCAUGUGAACAAUUUCCUACCUAAGGCCAUGGUUAUAUUAUGUGGAGUAAGGUAGGACAGGCCUGAACUGAUUUCACAAGGCUCAACUCGUGAUUCCCCUCACCCCGUUUCAGACAAAUCAUGCCCCACUGUAGUCUUCUAAAAACAGUAGAUGUCAAAAAAGGUAAGAGAUUGCCCCUGCCUCCCCCUGCCAUAAAUUCAAGCACUGCCUGGGCCUUCUAAAGCUACCUGUAACUUAGGACAUUAUUAUGGGAUGCAAGCCUUAAGCCUGAGCUGUCUCCAAGAUCAGGAAAUCUACAGCCACAAUCUGGAACCUUCAGACAUUGGUAACUGAAAGGCUAUUUACCUCUACACAUCUGAUCACUGAGAAGUUUGUAGCAGAAGUCACCUUUUGCUGAAACUGCAAGGAACAAACAAUGGACAACUUUUAUUUACUGUAUUUUCUUUCAGAUUUCUGUUAAGUUCUAUGAAUAAUGACAUAUCAAAAUACAGCUUCCAGACGUGCAGUCUAUUGCACCAAAACCACCAAAUAGUCUUGUGGCACCUUAAAGGCUAACUCGUUUUUAUUAUGCCAUAUAACCUUUUGUGGAUGAGAGCUCUCUUCAUCUGAUGCAUGGAAUGUGAUCAGGUGUCAAGGGGAAAAGGCAAAAGUCAGAGUUAAAUGGCAGCGGAAUGCAAAAAGUAAGGUCUGUGACAACUCAAUUACAGCAGAAAUGUAUGUAAAAUCUGCUUCACGACAGCAGUAGUAGGAGAUUCAAGACUGGUUGUAGCAUGAGGGAGAGUGAGUACCUCAAGUGGUAAGUGCUAGGAGGACAGGACUAUGUGUGCCAAGUGGCCUGCCUUGCACCUCUUAAGCUAGCUUCCUGCCUACAUGUACAGUGGUACCUCAGGUUAAGAACUUAAUUCGUUCUGGAGGUCUGUUCUUAACCUGAAACUGUUCUUAACCUGAGGUACCACAUUAGCUAAUGGGGCCUCCCGCUGCCAUCACCGCACAAUUUCUGUUCUUAUCCUGAAGCAAAGUUCUUCAUCCGAGGUACUAUUUCUGGGUUAGUGGAGUCUGUAACCUGACGCGUCUGUAACCUGAAGCAUCUGUAACCAGAGGUACCACUGUACAGUGAACAAUGCAGACCUGUAGCCAGUGUUCUAGUAAGAUUUAGCUGCCAAUCAAGUCAGUUUUUUGGUAUGAAAUAGGAGGGAGUGACUUUUUGUCCUUUGCUCCAAGCAGCAAAAUGUAUUGGGCUGGCACUGUGAUGAAAACACAAAUCAGUUUAACCUUGCUGAGUAAAAUGACAGUACAAUGGGAAAGCUGGAAACAGUCAUCCAAACUAUUGGUAGUCAUGCAGAGGGCAAGAGGGCCUGAAAAUGGUUGCCCGGGUGGGUGGAUUAUUCCUAGUUAGUAAAUAUGAGGGCAUUAUCAAGUUCCACCUGCCUUCUUUUUUUACCCCUCUGUAAAAUAUAGACAUUGUAAGAGUCCUUCUGAAGGCACCCUUUAAACUAUACUCACUAGUAGUAGUACAGUGGGAAUGAUGCACACGCUGGAAAGAAUCUUCAAUGUCCACCGAAACUACAAGUAUCCGUUCUAAUGUGGAAAAUCCUUUUGACUGUUCUUCCUUUGCAUACUGAAGGCGAACAAAUAGAUAUUCUAGAAUCUGAAAUUGUAAAGAGCCUUGUGAAACAUGCAAUGAAACACGUAAUCAUAUACACAAAUUCUGUCCUGAAAGAAGAGUGUGGACACACACUAUCCUGUUCUACUAAUUUGAGCACUGGCAGGAUUGAAACCACCACCUGGCCUUGGAAAUGGGAUGGUCUGGUGUCAUGCCCUAAAAGCUUCAAUGGGAUUACAGGCAAUUCUGGGUCCAAGGCAGCAUUCAGUUUCUCUUACUGCUACCACACAAUUCUAGAAUACCAAUGUUACUCAAAGCUUUUCUUUCGUCCCAAGGAUUGUGGUAUGAUUUUUUACUGUGUCUAUUUUGAAUUUCCAAGCAGGGUUCUUUCUCUAAAAGGUUUGAAUAUCAGAAAUAACUAUAAGGAGGUUUUAUUUUAGGAUAGAGGUCUCAUCCAGACGAGUUCUAUAUAAAGGUUAUCAGUCUUAGAAAUAAAUAUCUGCUACUGGGUUUUUUUUCUACUUUUGCUUCCUGAAGCUGAAUGGAUCAGGCGCUCUUAAUCCAGGAGUAAAUUCUGAAAUCUUGGCUGGGGAAUCACAGGAAACCUGGAGGGAGAAAGUCCUUUGGAAGAAAACAGCUUGCAACAACAAAUGUUGUCUGUCCUAGGGGAAGAAAAUGUUUGGGGAAAACACUGGCAAAGUAUACUGAAUAGCAAAGCCUUUCUCCUCCAGCAGCCCUAGAUUCUGUAAUCCCUGGCAGCAAAGUAAAAAGUGGAUUAGAAUGUAUCAGGCAGCACCACUGCCAGCAUCAUUAUAUCUUCACAGAGUUUUUCCCUCAGGUGGGAGGUUUCCAAAAUGCCCCACAUCAACUGAAUGCCAUUGUUUUAGCCCCUAAUGUUUCUCUACAUGAUAUACAAAAAUCCUAGCUUUAAUUUGACCAUUGAAGAUUUUGCUCAAUAGAAGGUUCCCUCAAACUGAAAGCAACAAGGCCCUGAGCAAUAUACAGCAGGUGUUCUCAGUGGCCACUAGAGGGUAGAAUAAGAGCAUGUGCAUCAAUUAAGCAUAGAGGCUAUAAUAUACAGCAAUGCUGACUCUGGGCCAUGUUGCUUCACAGGUCAGAUAAAAAGAAAUUGUAUUCAAAUGCAAUUAUUGUAGUCUCCCCCACUAAAAGAUGCUGUUCAGUUUAUCUGUUUUGGUCUUCAACACUAGAACACUUUGGCCAUGUAGGUUAUACUACCCAGACUUUACAGAAAGGGAAAUUGAGACAUGAAAUGAAGUUAUCCAAGCCCUUCUUUGGAGGAAGUCAUGUGCUUUAAAUGUGCACCAAAUAAGCUUUAAAUGUUUGAUGUGGAUUUCAGCCAGAAAUUUAGGGAACUGGAUUGUUUCCAUUGUUAUUUAGUCCUGGUGCCUAUCCAUGCAGUAUAUCCCUGAAACGAUGUGAUGUUCGCUUUUCUUUUUCUACCUCACAGAUCUGUGGGGGGAAGCCUGUUAUGUACAUUUCAACAAACAAGGGAAACCCCUGACCCCAAACUUCUGCCCCCUUCUUCCACAGUUCUUUCCUCUACCUUCCCUCCCACAAGCUGCCACAAGUUGACCUUAAAAAUUAAGUCAACUUGUUGCUCCCAAUGCCACCUUUUCUUCGCACCUCAGGCCAGGCCUCCCAUUCCCCACCGCACCCCCCAUCCCAACACCACCUCACAGCUACAAGCCCACCUGCUCCUCCUUGGUUCCCAGCACCCUCAACAACCUCCCCAUCCUCACACAUAUUGAGGCGGUGUUCGUGAUACUUAUUAUAGUUGUGAUCUAUGAGGGGGUUAAUUAGCAAGGCAGAGAGAGUAUAUGUGUGUGUUAAAAUUAGCCCCCUCAUACCUCAGUACUAUUAACCCCCCUUUCCUUUUUCACUUGAAUCCAUCACACAUUUCAACCACACGAAACGCCUUCCCGCCCCAUCCCAGGGGGCGCGCGCUCACCGUGCGAGUUGCCAGCGCCACGUCCCCCAUGGCUAGGCGCGCGGCCGUCCUUUUUCCCGCGCAAAAUUGGACGCCGUCCCUUCCCCCCGCCCCCCACUCGGGGACAGGAAAGCGCGCCCUCGCCAAGCGCGUCCCCGGCUCCUCCCUCUUUCAGUCAAGAGCCAAACCCGUUCCUUUCCCCUCUUCAAACCCCCUUUCUCCCUCACCCCCCCAUCCGCCUCCUCCAGGUACAAUAACGAUGAUGAUAGUAAUGAUGAUUAGUCUUUACUGACCCUUCACGUCCACUCCCUUUCAACCCUCACUAUGUCUGUAACUAUAUCGAUCAGUCCUUCGAUAUUGCUAAGUUUAGAUGACGCUCCCCGGUUAUAAUUGCAGUAUCUCCAUUUUAUGUCUCUCUCAGGAACAUUUCCCCCCGCCCCCCACUCCAGCAAAACACUUUUUAUUCCACCUCUAGCCUUAUAUUAUUAUUUAUUGAAUUUAUAUACUGCCCUAUACUCAGAGGUCUCAGGGCAGUUCACAGAACAAAAUCAAAAUGUUGUUGUUGUUGUUUAGUUUUUUAGUCGUGUCCGACUCUUCGUGACCCCAUGGACCAGAGCACGCCAGGCACUCCUGUCUUCCACUGCCUCUCACAGUUUGGUCAAACUCAUGCUGGUAAAAACCUUAAAAUAUAUAAUCAAAAUAAAAACAACAACCCAAUAACACACCACCACCACCAAAAAAACACCCCACAUUUUAAAAGGACGUAGGAUGUCAAUCCAAUCAACCAAAAGCCUGGUUAAAAGGGACUUCAACAGAUAUCCCCCCCACCCCUCUUAUUUUUAAAGAUGCUUUGUCCUCAAAAGAAUUGACUGACACCCCCACCCAGGAGCUCAUCAGAUCCAGCAAUCUCAGUAACACCCACUCUAGAUUGAUUGUUUGAUUGCAUUUAUAUCCCACCUUUCUCUCCAAGGAGCCUGAGGCAUCCUACCUUGUUCCCCUCAUAAUCCCCACAACAGCCCUUUGAGGUAGCUUAGACUGAGACCAAGCAACUGGCCCAAGGUCACCCUGUGAGCUUCAUGGCCAAGUGGGGAUUUGAACUGCAGUCUCUCUCGGGUCCAAGUCCAGCAUUCAAACCUAGCCCAACAUUUUAACCUCUGUACCCGCGAGCUGUCUUCCUAUAUACAAUUUCCAGAUUGCUGGGUCUGUGCUCCCCUACUACACAGGCACUUUUAACCCCAUCUCCAAACUCACAUUUCAGUUUCCCCCUGUAAGAAAAGCUCAACAACUUUGGUUGGCCCUCAUGCAUGUUCACUUCAUCAAAUCUGGCCCUCUUUGAAAAAAGUUUGGGCACCCCUGCUAAGCACACCUACCCACUCCUACCACAUUCCCAUUAUUCAAAAUACUGGGUGUACAGACAUUGGUUUCCUUGCCAAGCUUGUUUGAUCUCCUAUUUUCCACCCCUAAAGCAAGCACAUUAUGGUGCUCACCCACGCCCCUUCAAAUGGCAAGGUAAGGAGUUUGAGGUCAAACUUGUGUGGGUUGAAACAUAGGGUUCCUGGCAUUGAAGGGAAAAGUGGGUAUUUUUUUCCAAACCUUGUGGAGGAAACAAAAUGAGGCAGUGAGGGUCAUUGAUAGUGGUGUGCUAGAAGGAAGGGUGGCAGAACUCCAGGACUUUUUUUUCCAGGUCAGAAGUAAUGGAGCCGUAUGCUGAAGCACCUGGAAAGUGAGUGCAUCUUUCAAGUUUGUUUGAAACUAAGGAAGUCAGAGAAUGAGGGAAAUGAUCAAGCAGAGGUUGGAUACGUCUUUCCUUUUCUUAUAUGGGGUUCCUAAUUCAUACUAGUAGUUUAAAUGGCAGCAAUUCUUUGCAAGGUUGUUUGCAUUCCUAAGUAAAAGCUAAAGGCUGCAAUCCAGCUGGCUGAAGAUCUCUGUGUGCUUUACAAGCUGAGCCUAUGCAGUCUGAAGUAAGCACCACUGAGGUCAGUGAUAUUUACUUCCAAUAAACUAUGGAUAGGAUUGCAGUCAUGCUGAUCUUCAUGCAUUAGAUAUUCAUUGAGCUUGUACUUCUGCUCCUUGAUGUCUGUGUAUGCAUGCAUUUGGGAUCAACACAGCUGUCUGCAUUUUGGAGCACUCCUUGGAGGUUUGGUUAUGGGGCCUGUCAUGAUGAGCUCCUGCACUUCAAGAUUAACCACUGCAUCACAGAGAGGGAAUUUCAAAUGCAUUAGUUUAGGGCAGGCAGAUGGCUUCUGUCUGUAACUAUGGCAUUUGGGAUUCCUAAUUUUAAAAAGAACAAGAAAAAAGGGUAAUAUCUGACUUCCAAGGCUGACACGAGCACACAAAUCACCCAUGAAGCUGUUAGUGUCAUCUGUACCACAUGAUCACACAUGCCAACCAGGUGCUGCGCCCAUUGUUCCCUGUAACAAUGCAAGGAAUCUGGGAAGAAGGCGUUUGGAUUGUGCAGGUGCAGGUGCCUGAGAGAGACGAUUAAAAUGUAUUGGGUUGACCCUGUUAAUUGCAGCAUUCUUCCAGAGGGCUAGAAACAGGAAUAAAAAGGAAUAAACAAUGGGCUGGAUCAUACAUAAUGCCAAAACACUACAGAAAAUAAGCCCUGAACACAUAAUAUGUGCUCUGUGAAUCCUAAAUAGGAAUAUAAUAAAAUGUCUUCUACCAGGUCAGGUUAAUUGUCUGUUGAGAGCAGUAAUGUUUACUUUGACAGCAGCCCUCCAAGGUCUCUGAGUUUCAGAAGCAGUGUUGCCCCCUGGGGUUUUGCUGUGUCUCAUCAUUACAUCUUAUGGUAUACAGUAAACUAUAAAGCACCUCAAAUUGGUUAUUUACCCUUCCUGCUAUGUCAAAGCAGCAGGAAAAGAAGACGGUGCAAAUGUGGCCUAAAGAAGCCUGGCAUUUUUCCCCUUUUAAAACUAUUUCCUUUCUUGCAGACUGUCACUACUUCAUAAAGCAGAAGGGACACUGCUUCUUUCAUAAUGCAUAGAAAUAGAUCCUGAGUCUCACUUCUAUUUUGCAUUUUGAUGUGGCAACCCUUUGUGAAAGAGCCAUACAUUUCCAUGGGGGAUCAGUUUGGCAUGGCAUGUUCUGUUUUUCUGUGUGUUCUGUUUUUUUGUUAAUAUACCAUGGGCUAGACUUAUGGAUGGAUACUAAUCUGGUUCAGUUUUAUUUUAUUGCAAACCUACCUAAUUUGCACUUUCCAAAACAAUAUGCAAACCAAAACACAGCUAUCCUUCAAAAUCCAAAUCUUGUGAUGCAGUUCUACAGUAAAAUAAUACGUGUCAAAUGCAUACUUCAGGGGGAAAUGUGUACAAAAAUGUAUAUAGUAGUGAAAAUAGUAUAUAAAAUGCAUUGUGUUAGGGAGAAUUGCUUGAAAAAUGUGUAAAUCAGACAAAAUUUCAUAUAAAAAUAUGUAAGGAGAAAUUUGCUUAUGAAUUUUCAUUAGCAUUUAAAAAAAAAUGCAUCUACUGCAGAAUACUACAAUACUAGUCGGAAGCAGGCUAGAUUGUUGUCCUUCUGCUUCCCUAAUUUUGUUAUUUUUGUCCUAUGGAUUACCGGUAUGCACUGGAGCAAGGCAACCUUUUGAAAAAAUGUCAAAAUCCUAGGUGUUUGAAUAAAAUGUUAGGCACCGGAGGUAUUCCUAACUCUGCUUGCACAGUAAAUGUCACCUGUAGGUACAGCAUCCAAUUGUAACACGAGAUCAGGUUCCUUCACAUUAGAUCACACCUAGGAGAGGAGAGUUGAGGACCUGAUUUAUGCUUCAGCUUUUAACCCUCUCUCCCCCCCCCAACCCUUUUGCUAUGGGCUUGAGGAUUCUAUGUACCUGUCUGGCUGAAAGAUGAGAGAGACUCUCUUCCUGUUUCUUUUUUCCAGGUAGGCCAUAUCCCCUGGUUCUCUGCGGCUGAAUUUAGUAACACAGGCUGGCCAAACUGACUGCAGUGUGAAGCAGAUCGAAUAGCACACCCCUCUCCGUCUCUGUGGAAGCUCCUAACAACUGCCCGUGGCCUGCACUGAACCAUGGCUUCUUCUGUUCUCUGGGCAAUCGACUAUGAGGUUUAUGGGGAAGUCCAGGGUGAGUCCAUUUAGUUUCCCCCACCCCUUGUACUGCUAUUGUGCUGUUCUGGGUGGGAUUUUUGUGCAUGGGCUAUGGAGAUGGUUGCUCAGUUCCCCUGCGGCUCAUGCUGCAAAUAGUAUAGCCCUUGAAAUAAGAUGCUAGCAGCAGAGCCCUCUCCUCCAACUGCAGAAUCUUUAUUCGGCUCUAACUGCAGCUAGGUUGGCUGGAGCUGCUGUGCAGCUAGAAUGACAGUCCGCAAGGACUCCAGAAGAACUUAAUUGAAGCUAAUACACACGGGGUGUAUAUGGAGGAGACUAAUUGGGAACAUUAAUGCAAUUGGGUGUUGGAUCUGCAUAUCCUAGAGCACAGUAGGAAGGUGCUGUAUCUUUGCGGUGUGGAGAUCUGGGCCAUUACAGGGAGGGAGGCUGAGCAUCCUUGAUUCAACCUCAUUUACUUGAUUUAAUCCACCACCCCACCCCACUCUAUUUAAAAAAUAGCAAUUUUGUAACGUGAUCUGUAACAUUCAGGAUGCAGCAUAGCCUAAGCCACCAUAGUACAGAAAUGAGAACUCGAAAGAGCUGUUUCUGUGGCAAAAAGGAAUAAAUUUGUGUUCUUGUGCUGCAUCCUUUGUCACUUACGGUAGGUAUUAGUGACAGGAUGUGGUAGGUUUGCCUUUUAGACUGUCAGCCCUUUGAAGUGCAGGCUAGAGCUACUUUCACAUUAUUGGUCAUACAAUGGGCAAAAAAAUCAUGUUACCUCUAGGCCCUAGCUAUUAGCUGAGUUACUGUGAUUUAAUGGAAUGUUCAACAAUAUCCUUGCAGGAUCUGACUGCUCAAAUUGAACAUGUACAGUAUGCUAAAAAAGAAUGCAGCUUCAAUAAGGGAAGAUGAUUUUGAAUGGAAUUAACUUCACGUGGGACACACCAAAAAGAGAUGUGUGCUGUUGAGAGAAAGGACGUAGGCAAACAAAGGUGCUGGGGGGUGGGUCAGGGAACUAAGGGGGAACUAAGGCUACAGAGGUGAUAUGAGCAAAGUUUCAGAUUGAAGGCACUCAAUUAACUGCCAAGUGGGUUGUGAUUUCAUGGGUAAAUGAUAGGACAGGGAGAUUCAGGUGGCCGGUACAACAGUUAGGAACAAGAAAGUGCAGAUUAGGAUGUGUGGGAUUAACACAACACGGUAUCCCUUUCAGUAAUAAAAAAUGACAACUUACCACUAAAACAAAUAAAACAUAUACGUUUUGAGAGCUAGAGUUAGCACGUUGGGGAAGAAUCAGGGAGGCCCAUGUUCAAACCCUACUCAGCCAUGAAGCUCAUUGAAUGACCUUGGGCCAGGCACUCUCUUGACCUUUCCAGGGUGUGAGGGCAAAUAGGUGUGCUGCCUUGAGCAUCCUGGAAGAAAAGUGGGAUAGAAGUGUAAUAGGGAAUAAACUAAUACAUAAAUAUCAGGAGGAAAAGCUGGGGAAAUCAGGCAUAAAGAUUGGAACACAGCUUGCUGAAGGCAAAAGCAUAAUCACCACUAAUGAGAAAGUAUUAAAUCCAGAAUGAAAGUCAGUCAAAUAAAAUUGUGGGCAACCAACCAUUCAAAUGUUAUCAAAUAAUCAAGCAUUAAUAAAAAACCCAAAACACCAAUUUAUUAGAACGGGAUGGGGGGCAGUGAAGAAGAAGAGAAGAAUUCCAAAAUCUAUAUUAAGGCAAUAUAUAUGAAGAUUAUGCUAAUUACAAAAUCUGCUUUCCUUCAGAUGUGUCACUAGAUCACAUGGAAGCAUAGGCCAGUUAGCAAUUGUGUACUUGCAGGUGUGAUAAAUACUUGUGUGUGUCCUAGGAGUUCCCUUUCCAAAAUCCCUAAAAUUUCAACACAUUGUUGGUAGUUGAAGCCACAUGGCUUGAUUGGAAAGAGAGAGACAGUGUAACACAGCCUGUUCAUUAAGGAGGUGUGCCAUGAGGAGUGCUGCUGUCCUACUAGAUAUCUGGCUGCCCACUGUGAGAACAGGAUGCUGGAGUAGAUGGGACACAAUCACUACUGGAGGGAACAGAAGACUGGACUAUAGAAACACUAAAUAUGUAGCUAUAGGACUUUGAUUGUUGAUACUUGUUAUGAAUGUGAUCGCUGACUGACUUCUCUUUCUUUCAUCUUCUAGGUGUCUUCUUUAGAAAGGUAGGAUAUAUCUGCAUGUGAGAUGUGGUGAGGCAUUCUACAGCACAUAGCCAAACUGUAGCACUUAGCAAACUAAGACUGCAAAGGCUGAUGUUUCUACUUGGACGGUACAUUACUGGAAUAGCUGGAGAGAGCACUUCUCAAGCCAGCUUCCGAAGCUUGUACCCCUCCUGUAUAUAGGUCCAAGUCUAGUGUAGGGUAAUGGAUACCCAGAGAAGCUGCCCAUAGGAGCAGAGAGGAGAGUAUGGCAUCUUCAAAUCAGAACCAGUGAAGGCGGUGAAGGUCUUGUGUGAGUGCCUGGAGGCGGUUGGAGGAUGGAUGGCGGCUAAUGGAUUGAAGUUGAAUCCUGACAAGACAGAAGUACUGUUUUUGGGGGACAGGGGGCGGGCUGGUAUGGAGGACUCCCUGGUCCUGAAUGGGGUAACUGUGCCCCUGAAGGACCAGGUGCGCAGCCUGGGAGUCAUUUUGGACUCACAGCUGACCAUGGAGGUGCAGGUCAAUUCUGUAUCCAGGGCAGCUGUCUACCAACUCCACCUGAGACCCUACCUGCCCACGGACUGUCUCGCCAGAGUGGUGCAUGCUCUAGUUAUCUCCCGCUUGGACUACUGCAAUGCGCUCUACGUGGGGCUACCUUUGAAGGUGACCCGGAAACUACAACUAAUCCAGAAUGCGGAAGCUAGACUGGUGACUGGGGGCGGCCGCCGAGACCACAUAACACUGGUCUUGAAAGACCUACAUUGGCUCCCAGUACAUUUCCGAGCACAAUUCAAAGUGCUGGUGUUGACCUUCAAAGCCCUAAACGGCCUCAGCCCAGUAUACCUGAAGGAGCGUCUCCACCCCCAUCGUUCUGCCCGGACGCUGAGGCCUAGCGCUGAAGGCCUUCUGGCGGUUCCCUCAUUGCGAGAAGCAAAGCUACAGGGAACCAGGCAGAGGGCCUUCUCGGUAGUGGCGCCCGCCCUGUGGAACGCCCUCCCAUCAGAUGUCAAAGCGAUAAACAACUACCUGACAUUCAGAAGACAUCUUAAGGCAGCCCUGUUCAGGGAAGUUUUUAAUGUGUGAUAUUUUAGUGUAUUUUUGGUUUCUGUGGAAGCCGCCCAGAGUGGCUGGGGAAACCCAGCCAGAUGGGCGGGGUACAAAUAAUAAAUUAUUAUUAUUAUUAUUAUUAUUAUUAUUAUUAUUAUUUGGAAGCAAACUCAAGCAAACUAAACUGUAAAGAACAAAGCAGUCUGACUCCUGACUUGCUAGUACCAAACAUCAAUGUCAGUGUGAACCUAGGAGGUUUAUAUACCUCUUCCAGCCAAUGAAAUGUCAAGACUGGGAGGCAAUCAGGGCCUUAGAAAUCUCUGUAGGAAGAGAGAAAGAUUUCAUUGCUGUUGAUGUUGCGGGCUGCUUUGUUUUGCCAUAGUAGUACUGUUGGUUUUGUUCCCACCAGGGUACAAGCAGGCAGAGAUAUUAUUUCAUUUCAUUUUUUUCAUUUCACUUUUAAUUUGUAUACCGUCUUUCUAUUUAACAAUACCCAAGGCGGUUUACGAGCUGAAGAAACAAAGAAUGUACACCUUAUAACAAUCUAAUCCAAUAUGAAAAUGUGAUAAUAAAACAUAACUUUAAAAUAAGCAACUUAUAUCAAAUAAAGUAAUAUUCAACAAUCCAUUAGCAUAGUAUAGAAUAAUAUUAGCUAUCAGCAUAUAAAAAUUAAACAGAAAUCCACUCUUAACAAUUAUAAUUAAUUUCUAAACUAUAAUCAAUAAAACAACGGCAAGCCACAGUGCAUAAAAUAAUAAUAAUAAUUCCACAGGAACUAUGCACAUAUGCUAUGGGGAAAUGAAGCAGAACCCACCCUAAUUAUGCUUCUUUGUUCACUUUGCUCUAUCAACAUUUCCAGGAAUGAAAACAUUUGCCCGUCUGAAAAGAGACCUCACAGAGCAUAUACCACUGACUGAGCUUCCAUGUCACCUGGCAUAAUCACAAAGCUCAAUGAAGGCUGCUCACUCAUUCAGCCACCAGUCAUCAAAUGAAGAGACUGAGCAAUGUAUGUGCCAUUGAGAAUCAGCCUUGCAAGCUUCCCUGACCACUAUCUUUCUGGCUUUUUUCACCAGUACACAGAAGAGCAGGGGAGGAAGUUGGGAGUGGUUGGCUGGGUGAAGAACACUGCCCAGGGGACAGUGACCGGACAAGUGCAAGGGCCCAAGGAGAAAGUGGAGAUCAUGUAAGUAUGUGAACUGGGCUCCUUCAGCAGUGGCUGAGGGAAGGGCUGACCUUACAAUUAGGCAGCUAAUUCGGUUUGUUAUGAAAGGGCUGCAAAUUAUUAGUUAUUUAAUAUAUUGUUGCUAUAUAUUUUUUUACUGCCUGGGAGAGGUGCCUGUGGGAUUUUCUGAAUUGGGUGCUAAAAUAACUUGGCCAGCCUUGGUUACUAUGCACUUUGACUUGCAGCUUCAGGGCCUGUAUUUUGGGGAUUGAGUGAGGGGUGGUGCCAGCUAAGCAGAGUAUAAAGGGUUAAAGGGGAACCACUUAAUUUGCUUAACUGACUAGAAAAGGUCAGGGUGAAGGAGAGAGGGAGAGGGGCACAACUUCAUGCAUCAUGCGGAAUCUGCUUUGUUCAUGGCAUUAACAAGAUUGAAAUUGGAGACAAACCUUGGAACACGAGCUCCCCAUAAUAUCCAAGAAGUCCAACAUGGCUGUUGUUGGACUUGAUCAUAGACACAGUACCCUGAAUCCACCACAACUGGCCCCAUACAUCUAUGUUUCAACACUGACACUUGAUGUUACUCAGCAGAGUGAGGCACAAGGCAUUGGGCAUGUAGUAUAAAGAUGUCAGGCAAACUCCUCCCUUAACCAGAGUCUCUCCUUAGCCAUCUCUUUUGUUGUUGUUAAAUAUCUAGUGCCCUGCCUGAAUACAGAACUAAUGUACCACUUCAGGUGAAUAACCCUCCCCACUGAAAGAGACAGGGCAAGAUUUAUAGCAAAGUUCAAAAGUCUGGUCUUUGUUAUGUUCAAAAUUAAAUUGCAAAGGAAGAAACGAGGGGGGAGCAUUUCAUCUUAAAAGUGAUUGUCAUGGUUACUUGUAUAUUCUUUCUAAUAUCCAGAGAUGUUGGUGCUGCUGUGAUCUGAAACAUGGGAGGGGGGUGACUGCCCCCUUGGCCUUCCAAAAUGGCACCCCUGGUUCUUAUCUGGAGGAAAACUGGUGGGAUGAAGAGGGAUAAAUGGCCUGUAAUAAUGGUUUCCAUUAUCCUUAUCUGAAGAAAGCCUGGCAUUGGCAAUCUGUACAGCCUUCAAUCCCACUCCACCCCUCCCUCCCCUCUCCAUCUGAAGUGUCUAAAUAGGGCACCUCCCCAGACUCUCCCUCAACAGUGAAUUGACACCCUGUAAAUUUGGGACUUGGGUCAGCUUGCAAUUAGGAAGUUGGUCCAGGAGGAGAUGGAGAAAAUUGCUUUAUGAAUUUGUGAGCAGCAGCAGCGGGUGGAGGUGGGGGUGGAGCAAGGGAGUGGAGAAGGGGGUGGGGAGAGGGAUGGUGCGCUCCCAGGGCGACCCUGGGGGUUUGUGGUGAUGGUGAGACAGCUUCUCUAACAACGGGCUCUGUCACCUUCAGAGAGAUGACAACCAGAGGCAGUUUCUAUAGCGACAAGUCUUCCCCCCAUCACCUUGAAGUUACAUAGAGAGAGGGAACAUGCAAGGAAACUGGGACAGUUUCCAUAGCAACCAGCUUCUCCAUUUCUUCCACCUUCAUGUCUUUGAGGGGGGAGGGGGAAAUUGGGGCCGCUUCCAUAGCAACCAUACUACUCCAUCCCUUGCAGGAGAUAAGCAGGAGUGAGAUAAUCCAUAGCAACAUGUAUUCCACCACCCCACCCCACCCCGCAUUUACUCUCUCCUCCUCCUGCUCUCUCUUUUUCAGAUCCUGGCAGGGAAUAACAAAGCAAAAGUGUACAGCCAUCUAUUGAGCCCCCACCCCUUUUCAAUUAGGGUUCAGGUGGGAAUCUGUAGCGCCCACACACACGUGUACCCCCCCAUAUGCACUCACUUCAAUUUUUGAAAUGGAAGAACAGCUGAGUAAGUUUAUCGUGCGUGGGCAGUGUUUGAACAGCUUUCUUUUUUUGUUAACUGGAGAGCUUCAUUCAUGGGUUCUUUGGACUUUUUGAAGAUGAAAAAGCUUUCCUCCAGGUUCCUCAGAUGCUUCCUUCCUGACUAAACAAACAAACAAACAAACAUGUUUAUUAUUUUUUUGCUAAAUGUGGGCAACUAUUUCCCAUUAGAGGCUGGGUAAAUUGGCAAUUGGCAGCUUACAUUUUAAACCGAAACAAAUAGAUUCUUGUUGCGCCUUAAAAACUAGCAGUUUUAUUUUGGCAUUAACCUUCGUGGAUUAGAGUCUGCUUUGUCAGAUGACCAUAGGCCUGGAAAGUUUAUCCCAUAAUAAAACUGUUAAAAUUCCCAGCAGAUUUUUUGAGUGUUUCUAGAAAGGUGUUUAUUGUGGAAUAGCUAUUUAAAGGCAUGCAAUGGUGGGGUGUUUUUUGUUUGUUUGUUUGUUUGUUUGUUUGUUUGUAGAGUCCACAUGAUGUUGUUGGCAUGAAAAUGCCCCCACCCCCAUUAAUCUGGAUUUACCCUUUCCUGGAAAAACCUGAUACUUAAAAAAAAAAAAAAGCUGUUACCAGUCACCUGUUUGUGAUAUCCAAACAACCUAGUUGCAAUAAUUGUCUGAAUUAGUCCUCAGUCUGCAAGCAUUUGUGUGUUCUUCAUACUGCAACAGACUAAGGCAGCUACCUCUCUGGAAGCAGUUACUUUAAACUGAAUGCUCACUGGAUCAGGGGCCUAUCUUGUUAGUUUAAUCAGCAAAGCACCACAUACCUCAUAGACAUUGUCCAGCAUAUCAUUAUUCAUCUAUGACAUUGGUAUACAUUAUGCUUUUCAACCAUAAUGGUUUUUGAAGUAUUUCAAAUUAACAAUGCAGCAGUAAUAAAAAUAACGUAAAAUACUAAUUAAAGUAAUUUAGAACUAUCACCAGCUAAAGGAAGCAAAAGAACAAACAGAAGAGGAAAACAGUUAUGGAAUAUGCUCCAAACUAGAAAGGCACAGCAAAGCAGAAAGGUCUUUAUUCCCCUUGGAAAGAGAGAUAACAUACUAGCCUAAUCUCAAGGAGGAAAGGAUUCCACUGUUUUGGGGCAACUAUCAAAAAGUCCCUGCUCUAACUGUUCAGCAUAUGAGCCUGAUUGAGCCCUAAAAUUGGAGCAGGAAAUGAAUUUAUUUUGCCCAGAUUGGCUAGUCACUAUGUCAUGAAUCUACCCCUCAUCUGCCCUGGCAUGGCUUAGUUUCUUGUGUCAGCUGGAGCCAUUUUCUCUGCCUGAAUCUUUAUUUAGUGUACCUAAUGCAAGAACAUAAGUAAAGUCCUGCAGGAUCAAACCAAAGGCCUUCAGUUUUCAUAGCAGUCAACCAAAUGCUUAUGGGAAAGUCCCAUUGUUUCUAGCAGAGAGAGAGUGAGAGAAAGAGAGACACUGUGUGUGUGUGUGUGUGUGUGUGUGUGUGUGUGUGUGUGUACACACUAGAUUUGAUUACCCUUUGGUUCCGUCAACAGCCAUGUUCCUUUUAUGACCAUGCAGAGAGCACAGGUGGGACUAAAAGAGAGAGGAGGGUAGCAUGGGUGGGUUGCUAACUUGUGUUCCUUUCCUCCGUAGGAAGAACUGGCUACGCAGCGUAGGAAGUCCCAUGUCUCGUAUUGACCAGGCUGUGUUCUCCAAUGAGAGGGAGAUCAGCACCCUUGAGUUCCAGUCCUUCACCACCAAAUACUAGAGCCUGCUGGCUGUCAGGAUGGGAUGUCCACCUCCAAGAACAAGGAGGGAUACUCCGCUCAGAAGGAAGCACCACUCUCCCUUUCUGUGACAGGCUGUGCUGCUGAUGACCGAAUUUGACUGUGUUCUAGGCCCAUGGCACUUCAAGUACCCUUUUGGAUCCUUCCAGCUGCUAGCUAUCUGGAAAGUACCAGUUGCCCACUGGUGUCUAUAAAGAGGUUGUAAGCUCUUUUUGUUGCUUUCCAUCACUUAUGAGGGGGGCAGAGGCAGAAAAGAGAAAAAUAAAUUGGAGGGGCCUUGCCUACAUCUGUCUCUCCAGGAGACCUUCCACAUUGUUACUUUCACAAUGUGUUCACGAGCACUAUUGGCCAGUCUUCGAACUCUCUUUUAGACAACCAUAGGGAUAAAAGGCUUGUGAAUAACAGGUAGCUCCUCAGUUACACACUUGCUCACUAGAGCCAGGCUGUUCUCCCCUUCACACCAGUGCCCCACUCAGAAGAAUAUUGGCUCAUUAAAUAUUAUCUUAAGAAAGAUAACGAAUGGCCUCUUCUUUUUGGGAGUUGGGUAAGGUCAGGUGUGUGCAGGACAUUAUUGGAUAAGGAAGAUAAUUUAUGUUUCUGGAAAAUCGUAUUGACAGACCUGAAGAUAGAGUUAGGAGGCAGAAGGUGACUGGGGGAAUGCAAUGGUCUAGUGUUGGCAACAUGCAGGCCUUCCCCCGUCAAGGCAUGGCCUGCUUUUCGACACAUUAAGGCUCAGCUGUGUUAUAUAUUUUUCUGAAUAAGUAAUGUACUUUCCCCUUUCUUCUGUGCUGCAGCUAAAAUGCAGAACCUGCAUGCUUUUGUGAAAGAGUUAUCCCCAUUCUGAUAAUCCUAUCCAUGCCUCUGUGAUAUAAAAGAGGUUUUUCCUUGGAAUAUCUGUAUGCUAGGACACAAGCGUCUUUGUGUAUCCCUGCUUGCACCAG